AUGAAGGCCUCAGUAGCUGUGUGGGUGUUGCUGUGCUGCUGCAUGACUGAGACCCAGGGCAGGGGAGACCUGGCCAGGCAGAAGGACACCAGCCCAGAGGGGAGCCCAGAUUGGACACCUGAAGCAGCACAAGCCUCCAGCCAACAAGUCGCUGAGCCCGACAUCCACACCGUGCUGAGAGAGAUGAGCGUCAAGAUAGCACAGCAGGAAGUUGAGCUCAGAUGCACUAAGACACAAGUUGAGGAUAUGCAGACCAGGCUUAGAGACAGUGAGAGCAAAGCUGAGGCUGUAGAGACCAGGCUUAGAGACAGUGAGAGCAAAGCUGAGGCUGUAGAGACCAGGCUUAGAGACAGUGAGAGGAUCAUAGAGGGACAGAGAGUGGAGCUCAAAUACACUAUGGCACAGGUACAGGCCUUGGAGACUAGACUAAGGGUCAGUGAGAGUAAAGUUGACGUUGUUGAGACUAGACUGAAAGCCAGUGAGAGUAAAGUUGAGGACUUGGAGACCAGAUUGAGAGCCAGUGAGAAGACGAUUGAAGAGCAGAGAGAUGUCAUUAAGGAGCUGAGGGAGGCUCAGGAGGAGCAGACAGCAGCUCUGGGAGCUGUAGGAGACGGCCUGAACCUGACGGGGAGCCAGGUGGAGGAGCUGAGGAUGGAGAGAGAGGAGAGCAGGGUGUCUUUCUCCACCUCCCUCACCUCCACAGGGGAGGUCACCAUAGGACCCUACAGUGACAAUCUCCCAAUCCUGGUCUACAAGCACGUCUUCAGCAACAUGGGGAAUGCCUACAAUCCACACACAGGGAUCUUCACCGCUCCAGUCAGAGGCAUGUACCACUUCGUGUUCUUUGUCCAUGGGAUUGGCCAUGCAUCCGUAGCCACAGCAGUCUCUCUUCACAAGAAUGAAGAACACAUUGCUCUCGCAUACGCUCAUCAGCCAAGUCACAACAUGACACCGUCUAAUGGAGUGUCAUUGCUGCUGGAGGUGGGAGAUGUGGUCUAUCUCAAGCUGUGGAGCAGCGCCUGGGUGUAUGACUCUUACCACCACCAAAGCACCUUCUCAGGUCACCUGCUCUUCCAACUCUGA